ACCUCUCAAAUGACAGGCCAAACUUGGUGGUCAUGAACUAUGGUGUUGUUAAUGGCACGUAUAUUCGUCUGUAAUCGGGUCAACUCAUCCAAGUGACAGUGCAGUUAUUGAAGGGGAUGUUACGUCAUCGACAGCGCGUGGAAAUCCCCAAACGCGUGAUUUAAAGACCAAAGCUUAAAAUGAAAGGGGCGGGAUGUUGCGUUCAAUGUAUCUCGUAGACGAUUGAACCUUUUUAAAAAAAAUCGUUUUAAUCUCUUGUUUACGAUUGCUUUAAUUCAUCACCCGCUCUCAUUAUAGAUUUACCUCCAUGAUGGAUUGAUUUUAAACAAAUCGAUUCUUUGCUGUAGUUCAUGAUAGAAUGACUCUGUUGACUUUCCGACACUGUGGUGAGGCACGUGAAAGCCUCCUACGUCAUACAAAUGGCGGACGUUGUAAACAGAGUAGCUGCUUCUUGGGGACGGAAAAGAAACACGUAAAUAACAUGAAUAACGUGGAAUGUGAACGGUUAGACAGUCUGGAGGACUGGGUGGCAGUUAAAAGCAACUUAUUUGAAGAGCCCGAGACGUACCGACUCGGCUUUAUCGUGCAGUGGAACGUCAUCGAGUGUAAGUUCGCGGUCACCUGCCACAACCGGACCCUGCAGCGGCAGCGGCGGAGGGCAGACGUUUCAGCUGAGGGCUACCAGUUGAGCUGGGCCGGACUCUUCUCCGUCAGCGACCUGAAACACAUCCACCAGCAGUUCACAUGUGUUGCCGAGGUUUUGGCUUCCUGCUUCCCGGAUUUGUCGGAGUUCGAAGAGGGCAACAUUUGGGACUUGCUGUUCUUGACACGCAGGUCGGGUCGCACUGCUGACGAUGAAGAGAGAGACUUGGAGACUCCUUGUAGAAAGCUGGAGAUAUAUUUCGGCGCUGCCGUCGACACUUGUGGGAGAAAAAUAGUCCUCGACACGUUGUUUACGCAGAGUGAGCAAGAUGUCGAGGAGUAUUUUGAAAAUCUUCAGGAGUUUAAAAAGAAGUCCAUGCAGGAGGAGAUGUCUAGGGCCAAGGAUCAGUUGAAAGAGCUGCUCCAAAGUCACGACACUGCAGACCAGAUGGUCGCCCUCCUGGGCUUUUACCAGCAAGAGGACGAAGCCUACCAAGAUCUUGUUGCAGUUGCCACCAGCUUCUUUCACUACCUAUUGCAGCCGUUCAGAGACAUGCGGGAGCUGGCCUGCCUCUACAAGAUGGAGAUCCUGAAAACGCUGGAGUUUGAGGACUUGGGUCCCAAGAGAAUUGUGGCACUGGAGAAGGAAGCUGAUGAGUGGAGAACAAAGGCGGAAGACGCCGUUGCCUCGAUUCAGGACAUCACCGUCACCUACUUCAAACAAACUUCAAAGGCUCUGGCUGGCAUGUUAAGGCAGAUGGAGAAGGACAAGAGCCGCUUUGGACCUGCUGCUUGGUCGUCUGCGGCUCCCAGACUCGAGAAACUUCGCUUCCUGAUGGCCAAAGAAGCCCUGCAGCACAUGAGGGCCACAGAGAUGUGCCUUAAUCGCAAGAAAGACAGCAUCAAAGCACAGCUGGCGAGCCUGUCUGGAGGAGGGCAACAAGAUAAUAUGGCGUCGGGGAUGAGCAAAGGGCAGCAGAGCACGGUGGACCAGUUGGAAAUGCAGUUCUAUGAAACCCAGCUGGAGCUGUACAACAGCAAGUUUGAGAUCCUGAAGAACGAGGAUCAACUUCUGAUGGCUCAGAUCGAGACUGUCAAGCGGCAGCUCAAAGAGCUGAAGGAGGAGGUGGUCUACUACGAUGUGUGUGAGGACCAGGAGGAGCUGCAGAGUAUGAUCCACACGACACAGCAACACAACUCUCCAGAUGUCAGUCAGCUGCAGAAACGGUUGCUCUCUUUGGAGAAGAAGCGGGAGAACCUGGGGUCACGGAGGGCGUACCUGCGAAAUAAGAAGGAUCAGUGUGUGGAGGCACACCAGCAGAAGCAGUCUGCAGCCCAACACAGUUCAAUCGUCUUCACUCAGCAUCACCACAUCCACCUGAAACGGGAGCAGAGGAAAGAGGAGGAGCUGAAGAGGAAGCAGUGGGUGGAUAAGGAGCGGGAGAAGACUCUGAGCAGAUUACGAUCCUUCAGAGAGAAGCGGCAGCAUCAGUACAUCCUGAAGACUCCUCAGUCCAUAUUAUUGGUCCCUGAGCUGCACAGUGCCUCUCAACUGGGGUCGACCAUCAGCCUCACUCCAUCUACAGAUGCUCCCGCCUCCCUCCUUCCUGCCCCCAGACGCAAGAAGACACCCAAGACCCAGCCAACUGAUGACAUGCCUGUUCAGAUCUUCGCCCCGCCGCCACCUGCCGCAUGUGCCAGUCCUCCCGUGGCUCCGCCUCCUCCACCACCACCACCACCACCACCUCCUCCUCCUUUGGCCCCUCCUCCACCGAGGUUACCCCCGCCACCUGUCAGAGCCGUCUCACCUUCUGACGACACCCCUAAGCCCCUCUGCGAGACUGAGAAGCCACCCUUUCCAGCCAAAAACACACUCAAACAAAAUAUAGGUACGAUGGAUGAAGUGCUUGCCUCACUUCAGCGUGGCCAGAUUCAGCUGAGAAAGACCCCAAUUUCCAGACCUGCAGCCCCCGUUGAAGACGUGAGGACGAGCCUGAUGAUGGCCAUCAAGCAGGGAAUCACCCUGAAAAAGGUUGUUCCUGUUCGCACGGAGGCGGAGAAAUGGGGCGAAAAUGACCUGGAGCGCAGCAUCAGAGCCGCCAUGGUCAGGAUGAAGAAGGUGUCAGGUGACUCUGAUGAAGAGGCAGAGGAGGGUUGUCAGAGCGGGGACUGGGAGAGCUGAGGACACACUGGUGAUGAUGAUGAUGAUGAUGAUGAGUUUCAUGUGCCUACGUCACCCAGAAAUGUACAUCUUAUUACACUCUCUUGUAGCAAAUCUGCUGGAACUCUUUUCCGCAGCGCUGGUGCUUGGAGCUGGCGCACGGCUGACUAUGCAAAUCUGAUGAGGGAGACCUGUAAAAUCGCUCUGCAUUUAUUUGAUCAUUUCAACCUUCCUUGAUACAUGAUCAGAAUUCAGAUAUUAUUAUGAAGCUCCUUGUUGUUGAUAGUUUGUAUAUGAAAUAACGUUGUCCGCCUAAGUCUGUCAGAGUGUUGCUGCCAAAUGUGCGCCAUACUAGCGGUUUCAAUUUUAUUAUAUACAUUGUGAAGCUUGAGGUUUGUUUACUUGUCUGAAACCGCCAUGGAAGGAUGAUCCAAAACAGUCACUUUCAACUAAAUCUGUUGAGAUUCCGCUCUUUGAUUGUCACAGCACUGAUCUGCACUCUCGGAUUCAACAAGCACUCAAACGGUUGGAACUAUUGAGGGCUGCUUAAAUGCUUCUAUAAAAGAGCUAUGAGAAUGAAAGAGUUUUACAGCCUUGCUGACUGAAGUCAGCUGCUCUGUGCUGGCUGUAAUGUUCUGUAUGAUGUCGUGAUUGUGUUUGUUUUGGAGGUUCUUGGAACUCCUCGUCCUGAAAACACUAACCUCGCCGGGUCUCCUCUGUUUGGCUUUAAGGAAGGCUUCACUGGGUUUACCGCUCUGGAGUUUCUCUACCACAAACGCUGCAGUUCAGAGUGAAUUAAAGCACUGAUCACAACUGUUUCCCCUGGUUUUCUUCGCCAGUAGUGUCCCACACGGCUGCUGUGUGCUAGCCACAACACUCCAGGAUUCUUAUGAACGUGUAUUACUAUAUUGAUGCGAUCUGGCACUGUGGUUGUGUGGCUUGUUUCAUCUUGCAGGUGUGACUCUCACAACCUUAGACCAUGAUGACAUCCAACAACGGUCACACCGCCGUCGUGAAAUCAUGUCUGCUGGCCACAUUAC